AUCGCGCCGUUUCGCAUUGGCUACCGAUGGCGCUGCAGAUCGACGCGGAGGAGCCCGAGACCUCGGACGCCGUGUACCCAGCGCGGAGCAGCUCCGUCGCCAGCUUCAACAAGCAGCUACGUGAGCUUGAGACGCGCUACCACCGCACGCGCCAGCAGCUCGACAAGACGACGCUCAAGCACGAUGCGAUGGCCGCCGAAGUGCGAAAGGUGCGCGCCGACAACAAGGCGUACGAGAAGGAACUCGCCAAGAAGGCCGCACUUCUCCAACGACUGGCCGCGGACAAGAAGAUGGUCGAAGCGCAAGCCAUCGCCAACCGCGACUACGCCAAGCGCAUUGAGCAAAAGCUCGCCAUGGGCGCGAAAGGCCAGGCCGCGGCCGCCCGCCACGCCGAAAUGGCCGCGCGCAUGCUCGAAAUGGAGAAGGGCCACCACGAGACGCUACUGACGCUAGAAUCCAAGGACGACCGCAUCAAAGACCUCGAGGCCAAGAUUGUCGUGUUCAAGCGCUCGCUCGACGUGCGCGUCCGAGAGCUCGGCUUGGACAACAACGUCCACAAUGGCCUCAUUUACGAGAUUGCGCGCCUUCAGGAGACGAAUGCGUCGCUGGCGCUGCAGCUGGCGCUGGAAGUCGACCAGUCGAGUUGCCUCAAGAGCGUGAUUGCCACAAGAGACGCCGAGCUGCAGGCCAUGGAUGCGGCGCGCAACGACCUCGAGAGCGUCGUGGCACGGCGGGAAGAGACGAUCGCAGCGCGCGAGACGACCCUCGCAAGCGUCAACACGGACCUCAAGACGCUGCACGAAGAGAAAACGUUGCUGCUGAGCUACGUGCAAGAGCAGACGGAGAAGCUGCUCAAGGGCGAAGCGGCCAUGAAGAAGCAGGCCGCCCAGCACACGCAGGCGAUCGAAGCAUUGGAGCUCGAGCUGCAACGCCGCACGUCGACAAUCGAUGAGCUGACGGCGACGGCCGCCGAGAGUCAGCAAAGCUACAACAAACUACUCCAAGCGUACACGGUCACGCAGGAGGCCAUCACCCACGAACGCUCGACCUCGGACGCACUGCGUGCUCUCUUGAAUGAAAAAGCCAACGAACUCGAGGCCGAGGGACACAAGCUGCGCACCGUGUCAAGCGAGAAGGAAUCAUUGCGCUUGCGCGAAGAGGCGCUCCAAGCUACGUGCACCACCCAGGGCGCUGACAUUGUCGACUUGCGGCGCCAGGUUGAGGCGCUGGAGGCGCGCUGUGGGAGCUUGAGCGAUCAAGUCGAAGCCCAUGCUGCGUCCACGCGGGCUCUUCAGGACGAAAUGGAGCGGUCGCUCGUGGACCUCGCGAGUGUCACCCAUGAGCGCAACGAAGCCGCACGGGCGAUGAACGAAGCCGUCACCAUCAGCGCGACGGCGAUGGACGAACAACAGCUGCUUCGGGACAAGCUCACAGCGCAGGCAGCGCAGAUUGAGCAGCUCAAGCAAUCCAAGGCGCUUUUGCAGAACGCGAUGCUUGAGCAGCUCGCAGCGUUGCGAAAGCAGCUACAGCUCGAGCGUGUCGCCCGUGUCGCUGCCGAGAGAAAACAACCCUCCAGCCUCGACGAGGUACCACCGCCACCACCGCCGCCCACCAAAGUGCACGUGCCAUAUGUCCUCCCGAGCGAUACUAUUAGCACGCUCACCCUGCAGGAUCUUCUCCAUUAAAUAGUAUCAAUGUGUCAAGCUGAGACCCAGCUUAGUAGACGU